AGGGGUUAAAAGCAGCAACCGAAAUUCCUUCGCAGCCCUCUCUCAGCGUCCUGAGCUUCGGCUACGGAUCCAGGGAUGAGGGUUGGAAGGUCCAAUGGGAAAGCCUAAGGUGCUUGUGCCUGCAAUGAAGUGAUAAAUCCACAUCCCGGAGCAAAGCAGCAGGAGGAGGCAGCCAGAAACCUCCAGCAGCACAGGGGCUGGGCUGCAGCGAGGGAUGGAAGUUGCGAGGGGAAGAGAGGAGGCGCUCGGGCUGGUGGCAUCUCUGCCGGCAGCAUCCUGCCCAAACGGAGCUGCUUCAGGCCAGCGCAGCGACUGAAGCAGCCGAGGAGUCUGUGCUGUGCCCUGCUCCUUCUCCUCCCUCCUUUUCCCUUUCCUUCCCUCACUUUCCCCAUCCCUGAAAUGGAGGAGAGGCUGCCAAGCCCUGCUGGAGGAGAGCCGCUGCCAGAUGCAGAUGUGAUGGAGAUGCUCAGGUGAUGCCCUUUUUGGCUGUCACACAACAGGUCAAAGGAUGCAGGACGCUCUGCUGGUGCCCAGGUGGGUGAUGCCAGUCUGGAGCAAGCAGCCAUGAACAGAGAAGAGCAACAGCUCUGCCCUGGAAGGGACCAGGACUUGGCCUGGCUCAUCCCCGGAGCCUAAUUAACCAAACCAGCUGCGUUCGUGGGAGGCUUUAGCUGGAGCAAGAAGAGCUCCGAGGAGGAAUGGCUGAUGGCACAUGGCAGCAUGGUAGCCAGCCCCUAGGACCAUGCCCUACACCAUGACAUGUUGGCUCCCGGCCCUGCUCCUCCAGCUGCUCCUCCUCAGCCCUCCCUGGGCUGCCACCUGCCCUGCCCGCUGCGAGUGCGCCCCGCAGGUCAGGUCCGUGGUGUGCCACCGCAGGAGGCUCAGCUCCAUCCCCGAGGGCAUCCCCACCGAGACCAAGAUCCUGGAGCUGAGCAAGAACCGCAUCCGCUGCCUGAACCCGGGCGACCUCUCCCCCUACCCCCUGCUGGAGGAGCUGGACCUGAGCGAGAACAUCAUCUCCAACGUGGAGCCAGGAGCCUUCGGCAACCUCUUCCACCUGCAGAGCCUGCGCCUGAGGGGCAACCAGCUCAAGCUCAUCCCCCCGGGGGUCUUCACCAAGCUCAGCAACCUAACGCUGCUGGACCUGAGCGAGAACAAGUUGGUGAUCCUGCUGGACUACGCCUUCCAGGACCUGAGGAACCUCAAGAGCCUGCAGGUGGGCGACAACGACCUGGUCUACAUCUCCCCCCGAGCCUUCUGGGGCCUGCUGGGGCUGGAGGAGCUGACCCUUGAGAGGUGCAACCUGACCUCCAUCUCGGCCGAGGCGCUCUCCUCGCUGCAGAACCUGGAGGUGCUGCGCCUGCGCCACCUCAGCAUCUCGGCGCUGGAGGAGCACAACUUCAGGAGGCUCUCCCGCCUGCUGCAGCUGGAGAUCCACGGCUGGCCCCUGCUGGAGGACAUCUCCCCCACCAGCUUCCAGGGCCUCAACCUCACCUGGCUCUCCAUCACCUACACCAACAUCACGGCCGUGCCCGCCGCCGCCCUGCGCAACCUGGCGUACCUGCGCUGCCUGAACCUCUCCUACAACCCCAUCGGCGCCCUGCCGCGGGGCUCCUUCCGCGACCUGGUGCGGCUGCAGGAGCUGCACAUCGUGGGGGCGCUGCUGGCCUGGGUGGAGCCGCAGGCGUUCUCGGGGCUGCGGCAGAUCCGCCUGCUCAACCUCUCGGCCAACCUGCUCUCCACGCUGGAGGAGAGCACCUUCCACUCGGUCAACACGCUGGAGACGCUGCGGGUGGACGGCAACCCCUUAGCCUGCGACUGCCGCCUGCUCUGGAUCCUGCAGCGCCGCAAGACGCUCAACUUCGACGGGCAGCAGCCGGUCUGCUCCUCCCCGCCCCAGCUGCAGGGCGACGCCCUGCGGGACCUGCCGGACUCGGUGCUCUUCGAGUUCUUCACCUGCCAGAAGCCCAAGAUCCGGGAGCGGAGGCUGCAGCACGUCACGGCUCGGGAGGGCCAGGCCGUGUCCUUCCUGUGCCGCGCCGACGGCGAGCCCGACCCCUCCAUCGCCUGGGUGUCGCCCCAGCACCGCAUGAUCACCACCCGCAGCACCGGCAGGGCCACCGUGCUGCCCGGGGGCACGCUGGAGAUCCGCUUCGCCCAGGUGCAGGACAGCGGCACCUACAUCUGCGUGGCCAGCAACGCCGGAGGCAACGACACCUACUUCGCCACCCUGACCGUCAAAGGGCGCCCGAGCGACGGCGCCCAGCGUGCCAACCGCACCCUCUACCCCGGCGACUUCAACGACACCGCCCACAACGACACGCAGGUCUUCCUCAAGUUCACCUUGGACCUGAAGACCAUCCUGGUGUCCACCGCCAUGGGCUGCAUCACCUUCUUGGGCGUGGUGCUCUUCUGCUUCCUCCUCCUCUUCGUCUGGAGCCGGGGCCGGGGCCAGCACAAGAACAACUUCUCGGUGGAGUACUCCUUCCGCAAGGUGGACGGACCCGCGGCCACCACCGGCCAGGGGGGGGCCAGGAAGUUCAACAUGAAGAUGAUCUGAGCGCGGCUCGAAGGGGCGGUCCAGCUGCUGCGCCCGGCAGCGCCUGCGGGGGCAGU